AUGCCGCCCAAGGAGAAGGAGCGCCGGCGCCUCGGCCCGCAGCGCAACGCGAAGAAGGCGCCGAAGAAGACGAGCGACGACUGGGAGAGCAUCAAGGACGACGACAUGCUCACGCUGCCGCCCGGCGCCGCGCCGGAAGAGAAGGAGGAGCCGCGCGACGACCGCUGGCACUGCCCGCCCUGGUACGACGGCGACGCGCGGUGCCUGCUCGUGACGGAGGCGGACUGGCUGGCCUACACGCGGGCGGAGGAGUUGCCCGCGGCGCCGCCGACGCUCGACAGGGGCGCGGACGUCGAGGCGCUCGUCUCCGGCUGCGGGUCCGUGCCGCCGUGCGUGUCCGUGCCGGCGGCGGAGCUCGGCGUCGCCUUCGCGCACGCCCGGAAGGACGGCCUCGUCCUCUGCGCCUACGCCGAGGAGAUGGACGGCGUGCGGAGCCUCGACCUGCUGAAGCAGACGACGGCGCCCUCGAUGUACGAGGUCGUCCGCGACCUCAAGACCAUGCUCUGCGGCGUCGCGCGCGACCCGAGCUGGUGCGCGGCCCUCGCCAUGGAGCUGGACAAGCUCGCGGGCGGCUGCGCGCGCCGCGUCGAGGCGUCGAACAAGCUGCGGGACGCGAGGAAGGCCUUCGAGGAGCGGCGCGGCGCGUUCCUCGCGUCCUUCGACGACAAGGUCGCCAAGUCGCUGCCGCUCGACGAGCACGACCGGGCCCAGCAGGCCGCCGCGGCCCAGAUCGACGAGCGCCUGGCGCAGAUCGACAAGCUCCUCGACCAACUCGCGGACGUCCCGCAGCCGCCCGAGCCCGAGCCCGAGCCGGAGCCUGAGCCGGAGCCCUUCCAGCCGUACCUCGACCGCGAGUUCGUCGACGAGAAGGCGCCGGACCCGGACUACGAGGGCGGCGACGAGGGCGGCGGCGACGCGGGCGGCGACGACGACGACGACUCCGAGAAGGAGGACGAGACGGUCGUCCUGCCGCCGCUCGCGCCCGCGCGCGCCGACGGCGCCGAGGUGACGCUGCCCAAGUACGAGCGCCGCGGCGAGUCGCGCCGCGUCGCGACGCCCGAGGAGACCGAGGCGCUGAAGCGCGGCCUCGAGCGGUCGGGCUUCACGCCGCCGCCGCCGCCGGACGCGCCGGCGCCGCCGGCCGAGGGGCCGAGCGCGCUGCUGGACCAGGUCCUCGCCAUGAUCCUCAUGCGGCUCCCCGCGAAGCCCGACGUCUCCGCGGCGGCGCACACGGCGUGGCUCCUCCAGAAGCACACGGACGUCGUCAACCAGCGCUGCCGCAGCUUCGCGCCGGGCCCGAAGUGCGCCUGCUGCCCCGCGCGCCACGUCAUGGUGCCGUGGAGCGGCUCCGGGUUCGUCGACCGCGAGGACGCGUCCGAGGGGAAGCUCCGCCCGCUCUGGCGGCUCGACGCGCGCGAGCCGCCGGGGAAGCAGCGCGACCCCGGCCGCGAGCCGAGGCCCGUCGGGGACGCCGCGCCCCCACCCCGGAGCGGCAGCGCUAUGAGCGCCCCCGGCGAGGCGCCGCCCGAGGACCCGGUGAAGCGGGAGACGAGCAUGACGGCGGCCGUGCUGCUGCGGCGGUCCCUCGUGGAUAAGCAGAUGGUCGACACGGAGGCGACGAUCAAGAGCUACGAGGAGCGCCAGGACGACACGAAGGCCCAGAUCAUCCGGCGGCGCAACGCCCAGGCCGAGGUCUACGCCUUCGUCAACAAGCGCCUCGAGGAGAACUUCGACAGCAUCGCCCAGCUCGAGACGUCCAUCAACGCCGCCGAGGCCGAGGGCCGCGAGGCGCGGCGGCGCUUCGCGGAGGAGGAGGCGGCCGCGCGGUCCGCGAACGCGAAGGAGAUCCACGCCCACGACGGCGAGGUCGAGCGCUGCGACGGCGAGCGCAAGGCCCUGGAGGCCUUCGCCGCGGAGCGGGGCGGCCUCACGGCCCACCUCGUCGCCGUCCACGCGCGGUGCGAGCUCGUCGAGGAGGAGCGCCGCGCGGCCGAGCGGAGCUUCCUCGGGUCCUGCGAGGCGGACAGGAAGAUGCUCACGCGCGAGGCCGCCGAGGCCGCGGCCCAGGCGCGCAAGGUCGCCCUCGAGGACGCGAAGCAGAAGCUCGACAAGACCACGCGGCGCCGCAUCGGCGAGCUGUCGCGCAUGAAAAAAGAGCUCGCGCUCCACGCGUCCGAAUCCGCCAAGCUCGAAACGGCCAACGCGGCGCUGAAAGCCAAGGUCGACGCGCUGUCGGCGUCGCUCCGGUCCGUGCGCCGGGACCACAAGGACCUCGCGAAGCGCACGUCGACGCGGCGGAGGAAGGAAAGGGGCGACCGCGAGCUCCAGCAGGCGGAGGACCGCGACGCGAAGACGCGGGAGACGCGCGAGCGCACGGCGUCGGCCCUCGCGGCGGAGGACGUCGUGCGCGACGCGGCCAUCGCCGCGCUGCGGGCCGAGCUCGACGAGGCGUCCGCCGAGCGCGACGACGCCGCGAGGGAGGCCGCCGCGCUCCGCGACGUGCACGCGGCGACGUCGGGCGACCAGGACUUCGAGGUCGCGGCGCUCUUCGUCGCCGCCAAGCACGCGCUCCCCCCGGCGCCGCGGCCCCGGACCCAGCAGAUCGCCCUCCCGAAGACGCGCGGCUCGAGCUCGAGAACCCCGAAGACGCGCGGCGCCCCGCGGACGGCCGGGGGCUUCUACGCUUCGGAGGCGAACAAGCUGCCGCGGCCCAAGCGCGACGACUUCGUCGAGCUCCUCUUCUCGCACCUCUACCAGAUGCAGCAGAUCCAGUUCCAGGAGCAGGCCGAGGCCGAGCGGCGCGCGGAGCUCCUGGCCGCGCGGCGCGCGUGCGCGGGCCCGCCGCUCGUCGACGGCUCCGUCGCCGACUCGCUCUCCGUGCUCAGCUCCGCGACGGAGAAGUUCGGCUUCGACGAGGCGAGCCUGGGCUCCGCGUCCCUCGACGUCGCCACGAUCUCCUCCGGCGGCGACCGCUCCGUGCCGCCGUCGUCGCGGAGCCGCGAGAGCGGCGGCUCGAGCGCGCUCCCGCAGUCCGUCGCGUCGGGCAAGACGACGGGCGCGAUGACGGCCGAGACGGCGGCCGUGCCGCACCAGAGCGACGUCAUGUCGCUCCUCAGCGUCGAGGAGCGGUCCUACAUGUCCCAGUCCCUCGACGAGGGCCACUCCGUCGGCGAGCUCGACGUCGACUCGCUCGUCAAGGGCGCGGAGAAGACCGCGCUCCUCCGGGGCCACACGCCGGGCUCGCCCCUCGGCUCCAAGCGCGACAAGCCCCCGCCGGGCCACUCGAAGCUCGCGUCGUCGUCGCGCGGGGAGUUCCCCGGCAGCUCGAGGCCGCCGACGACGUCGUCCGCGAGGAACGACGCGCCGUGCGUCAGCACGGCCUCGACGCUCCGCCGCGUGUCCUGCUCCGUCGCCGCGGAGCUGCUCCGCGGCGGCCGCGGCGACUCGGGCGCCCGCGCGGGCUCGCGGAACCGCUUCGAGCCGAUCCCCACUUCGGAGAGCAAGCUGAUGGGGUGGAACGACAAGCUCGACGCGGGCCUCGCGCACUGGGUCGUCUGCGGGAAGCGCGGCGCCGCCGUGCGGUCCGGCGUGGCCAUCGCGUCGGAGCUCGUCACGGUGCUGGCGCCAGGGACGGCGGUAGUAAGCGCCGGGGCGCCGACGGUCGAGGCCAACCUCGAGCGGCUCCGCCUCGUCCAGCCCGCGGCCGGCUACGUGUCGCGCAAGGUGCUCAAGCGCGUCGACGCGCCGGAGACGCCCGCGCCGAUCAAGGCGCCGGCGCUCCCGAAACCGCCGUCGCUGAAGACGCCGGCGUCCGCGAAGCUGCCGCUCUACUUCGUGAACACGGACGCGUGCGGCGACCGCCGCGCGCUCCAGGAGAAGCAGUGCGCGGCGCUGGACAUGGUGCCGCGGCGCGUCAGGGCCGUCACGCCGACCUGCGCCGCCUACGUCGCCGCGCAAAACGACCCCGCGCGGUCGCCGCACAUGAUCCCGACGGACGACGUCGCUACGGGCGCGGGCGCGAACGCGAUCGUCCUAAGCUUCCUCGAGGCCUUCCGGGCGGCGGCGGCGGGCGCCGGCGACGCCCACGAGGCGCGCCUCGUGAGCGAGGACGACGCCCACUUCCCCGCGGACUUCCGCGCGCGCCUCGCGGUCCUCGCGGAAAAAAUGCCCGCGACCGUCGACGCGGUCUGGCUCUGGUCCAGCACCUACGCGGAGUCCCGGGAGCAGCUCGGCAUCCCCGAGCCGCCCGGCGGCCACGGCGUCGGCGCCUUCUACGAGACCUGGCCGCGCUACGCGCGCGGCGCCGGCGGCUGGAAGGGCGCGCUCGUCAUCACGUGCCAGCCGGGCAUCUGCCUCACGACGCGGCGCGGCGCGGCGAAGAUCGCCGACGCCAUCGCGGCGGCCAUGGCCCGCGAGCGCUGGCAGCCCUUCGACGUGGCCAUGCCGACGCUCGGGGCCAAGUCCGAGACCGACGCGUCGUUGCCGCGCAUGGUCCUCGCGGCGGAUUUGGCGUUGAUGACGCAGGUGACGCUGAAGUCGGUCCGCGCGAAGGAGAGCCACAAGGCCGCGGCCCGCGAGUCGUUGCUCGCGGCGCCGGAGGCCGGCGCGCUCCUCGAGCGGUCGGCGUCGGGCGACCACGCCGCCGACGCGGCCCUCGGCGAGAUCAUCACGACGAAGCUCAAGCGCGCGGUCGCGGAGCGGAACCUCGUCAAGCAGCUCGGCCUCACGGAGAAGGUCGACAGCGGCGCGCUGGCGAACCUCCUCCGACCGAAGUCGGCGCCCCUCUCCAAGGACCCGGACACCGCGGCCGUGCAGCGCUUCCAGCGCGACUUCUGCGCGGCGUUCGCGAAGUACGGCAAGGGCGGCAGCGUCGAACCGAGCCCCUGGGGCCCCAACUGCAUCGCCGACGGCGCGAAAUACAUCUACGGCGCGUGCGCCGCGACCGCGCUCGCGACGCGGUCCAACGGGUGGACGUGUGGAAACGGCACCUGUCCGGUCGGCGAACCCCCGGAGGGCCCGUGGAGCACGUGCCAGAACGAGUUUUACGUGCCCGCCGUCUACAUCGACGAGGUCGCGGGCUGGGUCCGCGCGUACGAGAACCUGACGAUUCCCGUCAUGCGCCAUCCGAACAGCGGCUGCCAGUGGGGCGACCACUCGCCGGACUCGCGCGCCGAAUUCCUCGGCGCGGCGCGGGUCCCGGAGAUGUGCCUCUGGGGGCUGCCCUGCAACUCGCCGGGCUACGGCUGCGUCGACGGCAUGUGCGGCGCGCUCGACGGCACGCGCGGCCACCAGCACGCGGCCGGCUGCGCCGCCGAGCAUUUCAAAGCCUCGCUAAGCUUGUUCGUGCUCCAGGGCGACUUCUCGUACUUCUCCUCGGCCUUCCGCGCCUUGUCGAGCUGCGCCUUCAUGUUCGCCGGCAGGGGCUCCGGCUCGGGCACGGGCGCCGGGGCCGACGCGACGCUGCCCGACGCGACGGUCACGACCGUCGCGUUGCCCUCGGCGUCCACGGUCGACGCGCUGAAGCAGGAUCUGCUGACCUCCAUCGGCAGGCGCGCCGGCGAGGCGGAGAUCCUGCGGCGAGCCGCGCGCGUCGAGGAGACGGACGUGCGCACGGGCGACGUGAGCGGCCGCUGGGCCUUGGUCUACUCGACGCAGACGGCGUCGCCCCGGCCCGGCUCCGCGCUGCUGAGCGACCUGCCGCAGGAGAUCUCGAACCGCAUCUACGGCCUGCUCUUCAAGGUCGCGCCCUUCCUCGCCGGCGGCGACUCGCGCGACCGCGACGGCCCGCUCAAGGUGGCGAACGAGCAGGUCGUCGACGUGGCCGCGCGCGUCGUCGACAAUCGCGUGCGCAUCACGGCGCUCGGCCGGACCCUCAAGCUCCGCGUCUUCGGCUCCGCGGAGGCGACGGACGACGCGGACCGGCUGGCCAUCACCUUCGAGGGCUUCGACGUCAACGACGUCGUGACGCUCCCGCUGCCGCGGCCCCGGGGCGAGAUCGUGACGACGUACGUCGACGGCGACCUCCGGCUCUCGCGGGGCUCGCGCGGCGGCCUCUUCGUGCUCAAGCGCAUGCCCGCGGGGUCUUAA